UAAAAGGACCCGCUCACGUGCAGCCGCCAUUCGCACCGCUUCCAGGGCAAGGACUCGGUUGGGGCCGUUCGCUGCCCUCCCUAGACCGCGCCCGCCCCCACCCAGGUCCCUCGCUCUGGGUCCAAGCCCGACCAGUACCCCAAAGCGCGCAGGCCUCGCAGUACCGUGAUGUUGACGAAGGUUUUUCCGGGGACGGCGGCCCAGACGGAGGGCGAGUCCUUAUAGCCCACGAUGGCCGCGUCCUGACAGACAUGGCCAUGCAGAAAAUCUUUGCCCGGGAGAUCCUGGACUCCAGGGGCAAUCCCACAGUGGAGGUGGACCUGCACACGGCCAAGGGCCGAUUCCGGGCAGCUGUGCCCAGUGGGGCUUCCACUGGUAUCUAUGAAGCUCUGGAACUAAGAGAUGGAGACAAAGCUCGCUACCUGGGGAAAGGAGUCCUGAAGGCUGUAGAACACAUCAACAAGACUCUAGGCCCCGCCCUGCUGGAAAAGAAACUAAGCGUUGUGGAUCAAGAAAAAGUUGACAAAUUUAUGAUUGAGCUGGAUGGGACGGAGAAUAAGUCCAAGUUUGGGGCCAAUGCCAUCCUGGGUGUGUCCUUGGCUGUGUGUAAAGCUGGAGCAGCUGAGAAAGGGGUGCCACUAUACCGACACAUCGCAGAUCUUGCCGGGAACCCUGACCUUGUACUUCCAGUGCCUGCCUUCAAUGUGAUCAACGGGGGCUCCCAUGCUGGAAAUAAGCUGGCCAUGCAGGAGUUCAUGAUUCUGCCUGUGGGAGCCAGCUCCUUCAAGGAAGCCAUGCGUAUUGGUGCUGAGGUCUAUCACCACCUCAAGGGGGUCAUCAAGGCCAAGUAUGGGAAAGACGCCACCAAUGUGGGUGAUGAGGGUGGCUUUGCACCUAACAUCCUGGAGAACAAUGAAGCCCUGGAGCUGCUGAAGACGGCCAUCCAGGCGGCGGGUUAUCCAGACAAGGUAGUGAUUGGCAUGGAUGUAGCGGCCUCUGAGUUCUAUCGCAAUGGGAAAUACGAUCUUGACUUCAAGUCACCUGAUGAUCCUGCACGGCACAUCACUGGGGAGAAGCUUGGGGAACUGUACAAAAGCUUUAUCAAGAACUAUCCUGUGGUUUCCAUCGAGGACCCCUUUGACCAGGAUGACUGGGCCACUUGGACCUCGUUCCUCUCGGGGGUGGACAUCCAGAUCGUGGGUGAUGACCUCACAGUCACCAACCCUAAGAGGAUUGCCCAAGCUGUUGAGAAGAAGGCCUGCAACUGCUUGCUGCUGAAGGUCAACCAGAUCGGCUCGGUGACUGAGUCCAUCCAGGCCUGCAAACUGGCUCAGUCUAAUGGAUGGGGAGUGAUGGUGAGCCACCGCUCUGGGGAGACUGAGGACACAUUCAUCGCUGACCUCGUGGUGGGGCUCUGUACAGGACAGAUCAAGACUGGUGCCCCCUGCCGCUCAGAACGUCUGGCCAAGUACAAUCAACUCAUGAGGAUUGAGGAGGCUCUUGGGGACAAGGCUGUCUUUGCUGGACGCAAGUUCCGUAACCCGAAGGCCAAGUGAGAAGCUGGAGGCCCUGGGGCCCCACUGGACAGAGUCAGGUCUUCAAGCCCUUCUUCUUGAAAUAAACACUGCUGGCAACCAA